AUGAGGUUUCAAUUACGGGCGGCAGGCGUCCUCGGUCUACUAGCAGGAGCGACACGGGCUAUUCAAGUCGAUUUCAGCAGUGAUGGUAGGGUCACUCAACACCUGUCAAAAUCAAAGACUAACUCCAAGCCAGACUCCAUCAAGUCAACAGCAAGCACAAUCGCUUUCGGCCUACUGAAAUACUACACAGGAAACAACACAGGAGAUGUGCCAGGAAACUUACCGGAUCCCUAUUUUUGGUGGGAAGCUGGUGCGAUGUUUGGGACCAUGGUAGACUACUGGUUCCUAACAGGAGACGAGACCUACAAUGCUGUGACGAUGCAAGCAUUACUGCACCAGGUCGGCGACGAUAGAGACUUCAUGCCACAGAACCAGACGAGGACGGAAGGAAACGACGACCAAGGUUUCUGGGCGAUGGCAGCCAUGUCAGCGGCUGAGAACAAAUUUCCAGACCCCCCAGCCGACCAACCCCAGUGGCUGGCCUUGGCUCAAGCAGUAUUUAAUGAAUAUGUCGAGCGAUGGGAUACGGCAACAUGUGGUGGAGGGCUGAGAUGGCAAAUUUUCACGUUCAACAAUGGCUUCAACUACAAGAACUCGAUCUCGAAUGGCUGCUUCUUCAACGUCGCUGCUCGGCUGGCAAGAUUCACGGGCAACCAGACAUAUGCUGACUGGGCGGAGAAGGUUUACGACUGGAUGUCAGACACGGGUCUGAUCACGUCGGAUUUCAAAGUCUUCGACGGCGCAGGUGUUGAAAAGGGCUGCCAGGACAUUGAUCAAGCACAGUGGACCUACAACGCAGGCAUUUUCCUGCACGGGUCUGCCGUCAUGUACAAUUUCACAGGGGGCAACGCAACUUGGAAGCAGCGAACUCAAGGCCUGCUAGACCAGACAUCGUCUUUCCAUUUUGAAAACGGUAUCAUGGUGGAGAAACCUUGCGAGGACGGAGGUUUCUGCGACAUCGAUCAGCAAAGCUUCAAGGCAUAUCUACUUCGCUGGUUAGCUGGCACGACGCAGAUGGCGGACUUCACCUUCGACACAAUCAUGCCGCUCCUCAAGUCCACCGCCGAUGCGGCCGCAAAGCAGUGCACCGGCUCACCGUCAGCCGCCGAGUUCAAGGGCAAACCCGGCACCGCAUGCGGCUUCCAGUGGACCAAAAGCCCCCAGUUCGACAACCUGGUCGGCGUUGGCGAGCAGCAGAGCGCGCUGGCCGCCGUCAUGUACAACCUGGUCCAGAAGACGACACAGUCCGGCAAGGCCCCCGUCACAGCCGACACGGGCGGCACCUCCCAGGGCAACGUCAACGCCGGCGCGUCCAUGCAAGACAAGACGCCCAACAGGCUGGAGCCCAUCACCACGACCCAGAAGGUUGCGGCUGGGUUCGUCACAACAGCUAUUGCGCUGAGUGUCAUGGGCGGGUGCUUCUUUAUGAUCAAAUAA